UCUGCCCAGGUUUCCGCAGUGGAUCAAUCAUCUUCCACAGGUCGCUGGCCGCGUCGUUGAUCCGAUCGCGUAUAUGAUUGUCCUACCAAACAAAUCAAAACAUCCACAGUCUACACGUGAUCUCAUAAAACGCGUCGCGCUCCAAGCUUGUUAACUUCACUUAAACACAUGUCUCAACCAAUCGUGCUAUGGGAUGCUAAACGGCGCGCAACUCAUGUUUUUGACGAUGCAGGCAUUUCAAUCACGAAAACUGUACUGCCUCCUCCAGGUCCCCCAGCCCCUUAUGACCGUGAUAUGGACCCCCCAAAGAAUUUGAAGACCGUCCCACCCCUCGCGUACUUUUGUAUCCUCGCUCUCAUCCCUCACGCAGACCAACUGCACCACCUCCAGCAUACGGUACCUUACAGUCGGGACGUUGUCAGUGCUUUGGUCCCACCAAAACCGGCCCCUUUUUCUGUCAAGAACAAGGAUUCGCAACCGUUUUUCGUUUCGAUCGUUAACCCUAGACUUCUGGCAACACUUGGCCAGGUUAUGCACCCCCUUCCUAAAGAGUUCAGAGACUACGAUAUAUCCCUUAGUGAUGUCCAUCUACCAUUGCUUCAACAAGUGCCCAGUCGGGAGAACUUCUGCUUCGUAACUCUCUUGGCUCUACCAUAUUGCAAGGAAGUGUGCGACGACACUGUUGGUGUGAUUCGCCGUUUGAACACCCUCGCUGCGUUGGAUAUAAGAGGGACAACUGUAGGAUCCUACGGCCUUGCUGUGCUUGCUCGUGGCUUGUCAUGGAGCGACGACGAACUGCAAUCCAGGACUGGUUGCUGGGGACUCAGAAUCCUGAGCCUGCAUAGCUGCACCAACAUAGGAAACGAAGCUCUCCCCAUAUUAUCCAAGUUCCCCUUGCUAUCAUCCAUAGACUUGCGCUUCACUGGCUGCACGCGACACGCUGUCUCUAAACAUCUUGCUGAUGCUGGCUUCAGACCCUCUUCAAAUCGUUUAUUGUUUCAUCCUAUUCCACUCGAGGUCUCGCUCAAGCAGCUUGAGAACCUUUGCCCAACUGCAAUGUACUCGUGCGGGCUUACCUCCGUAUUCAAGUUGCACGUUGAUAAGCUCAACCAUUGUUCAACCUGGUCCGAGCACAAACCCAAACCGUACAUCCUCCAAAACAUGAUGGAGGAAUCAAUAAGCCUAAUAGAUGCGGAUUUUGAUGAAGAAAACAGCGGGCCAGCUGAACCUGCCUCUCAGGAUGUGCAGGCAAGCACGACGUCUACUUUCUACACAUCGCACCUGCCUUGCCGAGAAAACCGCAUCCGGGCGGCAGUCGAGGACAAGAAAGAGCAGCUUCACCAAUUGGCUUUAGCGCGCCCUCCGCCCCAAUGGAGUGUACUAGACGCACUUCAACCACCAGUACGACAUCAACCAUUGUAUGAUCCACAUGAAGAGCCGCUGCCACCGAAACUCGAAUCCAUGGACCGCGCGCGUCUCACCAAGCGUACCUUAUCAAGCGUGGAGGAUAUGGUUGCGACCCUGGCGGGCAAGAAUAAGAAGCGGAAAGUGGAAAGUGAAUUCGCCAGCGCGAGCUCCUUCCCAGUUUCCGUUUCGAAGCCGAAAAACCCCUUCGUCAAAUCUGCAGGCUCGACUUCCAAAUCGAACGUGUCAAGCGGCAUGGUGCGAUCCGUGUUCGCUGAGCAGAGAGAUGCUGCCAUCGCAUCAGCAUCUGUUAAACGAUGCUGGAGUAAAGCUGAACCGUGGCCUAAGUUUUGCGAUGGAAGGCCCUUGAAACCCUUGAAAAACUCCACGCCUUCGACUUCCUCAAGCAAUACCGCUUCGAAUGCGAUCUCCAAACUCCCCUCCCCAAGUGGCAGUUCACUUCUCCCUGGUGCAUCAAACCCUGUCCAGAUAGAUUCGAAGCCUCCUGCUAAGGCUAAGAUACUCAGACCCAUUACAUCAUACCCCAUUCCGCCGUGUCCAUCAGAGCAUUUCUUGCUGGUGCCACAGAUAUAUCCGAAGAAUUGGGAGAAGAACAAGGGGGGUGCUGCCCACGCUGUGUUUGAGCCUUUUCCCGAUUCGACGGCGCCAAUGGAUGGAAGCGAUGAUAUCGUUGAAGUCGAAGGGAUUGGUCCCAUUCACGAUGACGAUCCCAAGAGGAAUGAGAGGCCUUCGAGGAAAGUUGGGAGAGAUCGUGGCGGUGUUAGCAGUACGGCGAAGAAAGGAAAGCAGAAGGCGACUGGAUUUGAUUGGAAUAAGUGGAGACGGGAAACCAUGUGAUUGACUAGUAUCAUCUUUUCUUUGUGUACUAUUCUUUAUCGAUCCUUUAUGACACCUAUUCACGGAUUCCUGUUUCACGUACUUGUCCCUUUACUGACGACUACUUAUUUAACCGAGUCAGCAUCUGUACUUAUAUACCACAUGCUCGCUAGUGCUCACUAGCCAAGUACUUAUUCCAAAUUGCAAACUUGAAGUUGACUUGUAAUUUAAAGGGCACAUCACGUGAGAGGUAUACCUCCAGUUUAGC